AUGGCGCCUUCAUGCAACACAAGUUUCGAAUUAAGGGCCGAGAAAUACCAACUGGAUUAUAUCAUCCCAGCAUCAACAUUGCUCAUUCCAUGUUCGAUUGUUGGCGUGUCUUUAAACUCCUUGAUUAUCAUUGCCAUUUGGAAGACGCCAUCGAUCCAGACCCCAUCGAUGCUUUUAAUUUGUAGCCUUGGUUUAACAGACUUCCUUGUUGGUGCUGUGAUUCAACCACUCUAUGUGACUUUGUUCAUACUUUUGUACUUGAAAAAGUGCGAUAUUGUUCGUGUUUUGUUCGAUAUUAAUACAAUGUUGGGAUAUAGUCUUAUAAACGCUUCUGUAUGUACUUUGAUUGCCAUUAGCAUUGAUCGAUAUCUAGCUAUUUCUGCCAGACUUCGCUAUAAGACGAUAGUAACAAAACGGCGAACAAUUGGUGUUAUUAUUUAUAUCUGGACCGUACCAUUUCCUGCGAUGCUUGUUAUGGCAUACUUUAGGUACCAUAUUCCUCACAGGUCAAGCAGCCUUUUCGGGACGUUGGUAUUAAUACUCUGCAUUAUAGCAUAUUUCUAUGCAAGGUCGUUCUUUAUUCUUAAAAAGAUGCUAAGUCGGGGUAGAAAUGAUAAGAAAGCCACACCUUUUACUCAAAAAGUGUCACCCAUUCAGCUAGUGAAACCUUCCAGUCCACAAGUCCACAAGUCCAGUCCAGUCCACAGUYCGUGUCAGAAGGAAACUUCUUGCACUGGAAAAGAGGCAGCCUCUUUUCGAAAUGCGUCAUCCUCAAAACAAAAAGGAACAACUUCCCAGCAAGAGUCGUCUUCCACUCUGGAAGAGGGAACUUGCAAUCUGGAAGGAGCAUGUUCCACKCAAGGAGAAAYAUGGCCCAGUCAAGAAGGAACAUCUUCCACUGAGGAAGGAACUUUGUCCACUCGAGUAGGAACAUYUUCACAACAGGGAAAGGCGUCCACUCAACAAGAGACGCCAUCCAAUCUACAAAGAACAUUUUGCGUUCAACAAGGGAUAUCUUCUCAGGAAGGGACGCCUUCCUUUCAACAAGGGUCACGCUCUAUCGAACACGAUGUACCUUCCUCUCAAGGAGAAGCAUCUUCAUCUCUGAAAUUGAUGUUAUAUUUUUCAAACCAAAGAACAACUCCUAGAGCUGCUACUUUUCAUCAAGCUCCGAUUCCCAGUCAUCAUUUUAUGAACACAAACUUUGAGGUUUCCAGGUAUAAAAGGACCUUUUUAACAAUGUUGAUGGUUUUGUUUUUUUGUUUACUUUCGUAUCUUCCUAUGACUAUAUACUUUUCAGUUACUGAUGAUAACUCACUUUACAGUCGACCCUAUAUUGCACAUUCAAUGGAGAUAAUUGUUCUCUUGAAUUCUACUUUUAAUCCUGUACUGUACUUGUGGAGAAUGAAGGAUUUGAGACAAGCCGUCAAGAAAAUAUUGCCACGGUGAAUGGCUUAAAAUAAAAACGAUAUUACUUUUAGUACAACCCACGGUAAAAGAUGAAAAGUAACACUUUUAUUAUCAUCUACGUGUCAUUUAUGAUCUAGUCGAUUAGAAAUUCCAAAAUUCGCCUUUUCAAUUAUAAUGAUGCGAGUAGAAAAAUGAUAUAAAGGGUUUACA